CGAGUGGUAUAAAAAGUGAUGCAAGGCUAAAUUUUGGCCUCUUGUGUUGUAUCUUGGUAUUUGGUUGUUUACACUUGUAUCCGGCCAACAUGGGUGAUAUUCGAGAAGAUGUUAAAUCAAAGUUUGUUAUUAAUUUCUCAGCUGGACCGGCCAAAUUGCCAGGACCGGUGUUGGCCCAUGCUCAGAAGGAGAUGUUAGAUCAUCAAGACACAGGUGUCAGUGUGAUGGAAAUGAGCCACAGAUCAGCAGAAUUCAGCAAAAUUUUAAACUCAGCAGAACAAAGACUCAGGCAUCUUCUAGAAAUUCCAGACAACUACAAAAUAUUGUUCCUACAGGGAGGGGGUACUGGUCAGUUUUCUGCUGUCCCCCUCAAUUUGUUAGCACUGAAGCCAAGUCACUCAGCCGAUUACAUCGUCACAGGCUCAUGGUCAGCCAAAGCAGCACAAGAAGCAGAAAAAUAUGGAACGGUCAAUCUAGUCAUUCCAAAAACCAAAAAAUACACCUCCAUACCUGAUGUGUCAACAUGGCAACUCAGCCCAGAUGCCUCCUAUGUGUAUUACUGUGCUAAUGAAACCAUUGAUGGAGUGGAGUUUCAGUUUGUACCAGACACCAAUGGUAUUCCUCUUGUAUGUGAUAUGUCUUCUAAUAUGUUAACACGCCAUUUGGAUAUUAAUAAGUUUGGUCUGAUAUUUGCUGGUGCCCAAAAAAACAUUGGCUGCGCUGGCGUGACACUGGUCAUCAUCUGUGAAGAUUUGAUUGGCUUCGCCAUGAAAGUUUGUCCAGUCAUCUUUGACUACAAGAUCCAGGCAGGCAACAACUCUCUGUACAACACACCCCCCACAUACGGGAUCUACAUCAUGGGGCUGGUGUUUGAGUGGAUCCAGGACGAGGGGGGCGUGGCAAAGAUGGAGGAAAACUCUAUCAAAAAAUCUUCACUGGUCUACCAGAUGAUUGACACAUCACAGGGCUUCUACAACUGCCCGCUAGACGUCAACUGUCGUAGCCGCAUGAAUAUCCCCAUUAGAAUUGGAUCACUUGAGGGUCACGGCCAACUAGAAAAAUUGUUUUCAGAAGAAGCCACAGCUAAAGGUUACCUGCAGUUGAAAGGUCACAGGUCAGUGGGGGGUAUCAGGGUGUCCCUGUACAACGCUGUCACUGUGGAGGAGACAGAACACCUGGUGGGGUACAUGACUGAGUUUAUGGAGAGACACAGACAAGUUGCUGCUUCAUAGUUAUCUCCCCUUCAUGGACUGACUGACUGUACAUAGUGCAUCAUCAUCACCAUCAUUAUCACCAACAUCAUCACCAACAUCAUCACCGACAUCGGCAGAUACUCUUGAUUGCUACUGAAACAAUGUAGUUCCAUGACAGCUUCAGAGAAGUUUUUGAGCCUUGGCAAGUGCAUGGAAUGUAGAUAAAAUGUGGAU